GCCCCGCCCUCGGGCCGGCCUUUUAAACGGGGAGGGGCGGGGGCAUCGAUCGCUCGGCUCUCCUCUAGGCACUCCUUGGUGAUCAAUCGAGCUGGGAGUGAUCGAUAUUCCUGGGUCAAGCUUCUUACACGGCGAGAGCCAGAGUAUUCGGUCCGAAAGGACAAGCCGCCGGCCCCAGGGCAACUGGACACCAUUCAAACUCGAGACAGUUUCUUCCUGAAAGUUCCAGAUCUCAUUCCUUCAGUAGUCCCGAGUGCCCACCACGAGACUGACUCUGUGAGAAGCUCAAGGACUCUUCACGCCCAAAACACGCACUCAUCGGCCUGGCCUAUGGGGGGGUCAGGCGCCCUCUGGGAGGCUCUCCGGGGGCUCCUGCCCCCCGCGAAAGAGGAGCUGCAGCUGGCGCUGGGAGAGAAGGUGGACAGCAGCGUGGUGAUGCUGCUGCAGGAAGCAGCCGAGCUCUUCUACGGGGGCCGGACGCUCGAGUGUCUGCAGACCUGCGAGGCGCUCCUGGACUACUCCUGGGAGAAGCUCAACACCGGGCCCUGGCAGCACGUGGACAAGGACUGGCGGCGGGUGUACGCCUUCGGCUGCCUCCUGAAGGCCGUGUGUCUGUGCGCACCACCCGCGGACGCAGCUUCCGUGGCCGCCGCCCUGAAGGCCUGCGACCUGGGCCUGCUGAUGGGGGCGGCCAUCCUCGGGGACAUCCUCCUUAAGGUCGCUGCCCUCCUCCAGCGGCACCUUCCCUCCGGAAAAAGGCCCGCCCCCGGCCCCAGCCGGGAGCCGCCCAGCGCAAAGAAAGCACGGAGUGACCACGUUUCGAUUCCAGAUGUGGAGUCCGAGAGAGCAGUGCCCCGGCUCCACCGUCCCUCCCUCCAGUAUUUCAGGGAGCAUUUUCUGGUUCCAGGGAGACCUGUGAUCUUGGAGGGUGUGGCCACCCACUGGCCGUGCAUGCAGAAGUGGAGCUUGGAGUACAUCCAGGAGAUUGCUGGCUGCCGCACCGUCCCGGUCGAGGUUGGUUCCAGGUACACGGAUGAGGAGUGGUCCCAGGCGCUCAUGACCGUCAGCGAGUUCAUCAGCAAACACAUCGUGAACGAGCCGAGGGACGUCGGGUACCUGGCUCAGCACCAGCUCUUUGACCAGAUCCCGGAGCUGAAGCAGGACAUCAGCAUCCCCGAUUACUGCUGCCUGGGCGACGGGGACGAGGAGGAGAUCACCAUCAACGCCUGGUUCGGUCCCCGAGGCACCGUGUCCCCGCUUCACCAGGAUCCGCAGCAGAACUUCCUCACUCAGGUGAUGGGCAGGAAGUAUAUCCGGCUCUACUCGCCGCAGGAGUCGGAGGCGCUGUACCCUCACGACACGCACCUUCUUCACAACACGAGCCAGGUUGACGUGGAGAAUCCCGACGUGGAGAAGUUCCCCAGGUUCGCCGAGGCCCCGUUCCUGGCCUGCGUCCUGUGUCCGGGGGAGAUGCUCUUUAUCCCCGUGAAGUACUGGCACUACGUGCGCGCUCUGGACCUGAGCUUCUCCGUCAGCUUCUGGUGGUCGUAGCGGGAGCGCGGGGGCCGGGCGGGAGAGCAGUGCGCUCCUGCUCCCGCAUCCUCAGCGCUGGCCGAGGCCGGGGGACGCCCUCACUGGGCACACGCGGAGGGAGCGGUCCCCAGGCCGGCGUGAGUGGCAGAGGCAGGCUGGCAGGACCCCAGGGGGACAUUCCAGACCCACAGCCCAUGUGGAAGCGCCUGGGCCCUGAGGCUGGAGGCCCGGAUUCAGCCCCAGCACCAUCACUCAGGUGCUGUGGGAUUUGAAGCAAGAAUGUCCCAUGUGUGUAUGUGUGUAGCAAGUAUGUACUCUGUGUGUGUGUGUGAGUGUGUGUGUUUGUGUGUGUGUCCACCUGGACCACAGGGCAGGGCUGGGCCUCUGCACAGACUGCGUUAGGGGCGGGGGCGUGCAGAGCUGCCCUCAAGCUGAAGCUGCUGUCCCCAGGCUUCAUUGUCAGAUUGUGGCGCUGUUUUGUGCUGAGUGGCCUGUCAGGACAGCCACAGCCUGGAGCAGCGUGGCCUGCUCUCGGGGGAGGGUCCUGUGGGCUUGCUCAGCUCAGGCCUUUGCUGGCAGUGGGGAAUGGGGGUUCCAUCCUGCCUACCCAAGUGUAACCCGCCUUCAGAGAAGGGCAUUGAUGUGCCCCGUGGGGAGUUUUCCCUCUGCAUCCUCCCAGCAUCCAGCUCCCCAGUCAAACAUCAGAACCACGCCCAGCACCUGCCACCACCACCACCCCUUGCUGCCAGGGGGUCACUACCCUCCCGAGGGGGGUUUUAGGCCAGGGGAGACUGGCGCUCCAGGCUUUCCAUAAACAUGUUUGUUUUGUUUGUA